UUUCUCCUCCUCUCUUGGAGUCUCCACCCUUCACGUAUCUGUUUCUGUGCCCGUCUUUCUUAGUCUUCUCCAUCUUCUUUCAAAGUCCUGGUCUGGGUUCCCCGAACCCUCCCCAAGCCAUUGGCUGGGCUCAGGGUGGGCGGGUUCUGUUACGAGGGGCAACGGCCACACCACAAGCCGCUUCUUGGCUUCCGAGAGGGUGAGAACCAUGGCAGGCCGGACCCUAGCUCUGCGAUAUGGGCCCCCUUGGUCCCCCAUUUCUGAAACGGAGGUUCCUGGAACCUGGCCCAGCUGGCAUCUUACCAGCAGCGGGGUCGCCCACCACAGGAUCCCACCAGCGCCCUUUCCUCCGCCCACUCUGCAGGUGAGAAGCCCCCGGGCGGAGGACAAGACAAAAAGGGGGCAGUUGACAAACCUGUGCAGGGAGGAAAGAAGACUAGGGUUAGACUCUUGCCUUAAAGGAGGCGAGGCCUGGGAGCCUGAACGCCAGGAGCUGGAGGAAGGAAAGGGGAAGGCUCCUUGGGUCUUUUGGCUGAACUAUGCACUUUCCCCAGUCUACGGUCGUGGCACCCCUGCCCGCAGCCAUGAAGCACGACCCGCGCAUCUGGGCUUUUGACGAAGUCAUCAGCAGAUGGGAAACGACCUCGGGCUCGGCAUACACGGCCAAGACUCACGGUGGGCCCUGUGCUCAGCCCAAGGCAGCAGAGCAUGAGGACCCUGGGCGGUCACUAGGGAUCAAGUCUUUGGCCGAGAAGCUAAGAAGCCACCAGGGUUGGGGUGUCCCCCUGAACACAAAAUACCAGAUCAGCGAGAUGAAGGCACAGUACACAGGCUGUCCAAGUCUGGACCAGAGUGCCCCUCUCUUUGCGGAUCCCCAACCCCUGGAGCUCGCUGACCACCACCGCGGGGGCCCUUCCCAGGCCCUCAUCCCCUGGACAAGGAACCCAGAGAUGGCUGGCCAGCCCUUUACAGUGAGCAAGAUGGGUGUCCUGGACCGUCUCCAGCCCUAUCUGACAACCUCUGCACGUGACUUCUCAAGGAAAGAGCAGUCUCAGAAAAUACUGACUUGCCGGAGCUGUCUGAAGAAGCCACAGGCUUCCGGUCAUGGCGGUCCACCGAAGGAACGGCUAGCCCGUGCACGCCCAGUACCACCAGCUGUGCCAUACCGGGGGGCCCUGCCUUUGGCCCAGGAGUCCUACGGGCCCUCAGUGCACCCGCUCCGCAGGCUGGACCGCUUCUGCCCACUAGAGGCACCCUGGGGAGGCCCCCACCCGAAGCCAGUGCCUGGCAUCCACAGUGUGCCCAAGGCCUACCGCACUGAGAACUCACGCUACGGGAGUGCCAGGGCAGAGCUGGUGUGAGCACGUGAGCCUUACCCACAGGCAGACACUCCAGCAUCGGAUUUGUGGGUGGGUUGGCCAUACCCCACGCUUGCAGAAAAGCCUCCUCCAUGUGGAGCUUAGUAAUCAAGGAGUUUUAUAGCAGAAAUCACACGCACGUCUGGAUCCACGCAUCCUGAUUAGGGAGUCGGGUGAGGGGCGGUUGCUCUACUUGUGGUUGGAAGUGUCUGGGUAUAGUAAAUUUGGAGGCCCACUUGGCGCAGGUGGAACCUAACGCCGAAGCCGUUCCUUUUCAUAAGGCUGCACCGAGGGACCCAGCCAGCAGCCUGCAGAGUUCACCUUUUUCUCCUCCUGCGAUGGGGGUGAAGGGCCCAAGGGUC